GGGCGCACAGCAACAAAUUAAGCAAUUCAAUCGUGCGGCUCUAGUGUGUGUUGAUAUCUCUCCGACGGUUUAGGUCCGAUUCCCACAAGUCGUGUUGCAUAACUACCUGUGAAGCGAAUCCAAGCAACAGUUGGAAGGGAAACAAUGCUUCGAAUUGCCGCACGUACCGGCGGAUUGGCGGUUCGGCGUGUUGCGUCUCCGAGCACAUUCCAUUUUCAACGAGCAAUGGCCACCGGGGAUUCGCUUGUACUGACGGAGGAAGUCGGCAGCAAGGGUGUGAUCACGCUGAACCGUCCGAAAGCGCUGAACGCCAUCAACCUGGACAUGGUGCGGCAGAUCUACGGUGCGAUGAAGCAGUGGGAAACGGGCAAGAAUUUGGUGAUCGUGAAGUCGGUCGGCGAGAAAGCCUUCUGCGCCGGUGGUGACGUGCGGGCCAUCACCGAGUCGAGCGAUGCGGAACUGGCCAAACAGUUCUUCAGCACCGAGUACAGAAUGAACGCUCUGAUCGGUGGUUAUCGGCCGAUUUAUAUUGCCGUCAUCGACGGAAUUACGAUGGGCGGUGGCGUUGGACUGUCGGUGCACGGUAAAUAUCGGAUAGCGACGGAGCGCACAAUGUUUGCUAUGCCGGAAACAGCUAUUGGCCUGUUCCCGGACGUUGGUGGAGGUUACUUUCUGCCACGUCUGCAAGGAAAGCUCGGUCUGUAUCUAGGGCUAACGGGGUACCGGUUGAAAGGACGCGACGUCUACAAAGCAGGUGUUGCGACGCACUACGUCGAGAGCAAAAAUCUGCAGGCACUCGAGCAGCAACUGUUGGCCACGACCAGCGCCAGCGAGGUAGAAGAUGUGCUUGCGCGCUUCUCCGAGAAGCGAGAAGCUGGCCUCGAGUUUGUGUUGGAGAAGCACUUGAAGCAGAUUGACGAUUGUUUCGGUGCACCGACGGUGGACGAUAUCUUUGCGCGGCUCGAAAAGGACGGCAGUGAAUGGGCCCACAGUACGCUAAAGUUGCUGCACAAAAUGUCCCCCACGUCGCUGGUCGUAACGCAGAAACAGCUCGAGUUGGGCGCCAAGAUGGACCUGAAAACGUGUCUGCGGAUGGAGUACCGGUUGGCGGUGCAUCAUGCGAUUGACAGCGACUUCAAGGAGGGCGUUCGGGCGUUGCUGGUCGAUCGUGACCAAACGCCCCGCUGGAACCCGGACAGCCUGUCCAAGGUUGACCCAGGACGCAUUGAAAAGUUCUUCGGACCUUUGCCUGACGGCAGCGAGUUAAAGUUCGAAGACGACGAACCGAAGGCCAGUCUGUAAGAAUAUGUUGGUUUGGUUUAAGACUUGAUUCUAUUCCAACAUUAAUCUUCGGCAAGGACUUGCCGAAGCACCAAGUGCAUUUACUAGCUAUUAAUUGUGCCAACAGUUCGCAGCGAAGCUGCAGUCAUGGAUGCAUGGGUUUUUACUCUAAAUUGUAAGGGCAGAGAAAUAAAUAUGUGAGGUCCAUGUUCCUGCAGCCGCAAAAGUUUCGGAUACAGUCCACACCCACCACACCAUUGCUGAGAAACUAUUCAUUUCAUUUUGUCUUCCACUCCAUCGUUACUUUACUUUG